AUGUUCGCCAUCUUUCGACGACGCUGCUUUCGUUCUCACGGACGGUUCAACUCUACUGGAGGCCACUGUUGCUCGUCGCUGUCGUAUUCCUCGACUGUUGAGGCGUCGCUGUUGCGUUUAGGACGUGGUGUCUGGCGCGAAGUCAAGUGGCGAGAUCUUUUCGCCGCCUUUGAGGCCGAGAAGGGGUGGGUUGGGGAGCCGUCCUCAUCUUCUGCGCGGGGUUCACCUCGUCCGGUAGUUCCACUCACAGCGCGGAAGCCGACGUUGUUGGUGAGCGCCUGCCUUGUUGGCUGCUCUGUAAGCUAUCGUGCAGCGUCCGCCACGGUCCGCAACGGCUCUCCAGUACAUUUCCUUCUUGAUGUCCUUUGGCGUCGUUUAGGGGUGAUUGACUGCCUGCCGAUAUGCCCCGAGAUGCAGCUGCUGAGGCUGCCUACGCCGCGCCGCCCGAUUCGCCUGGUUUCUCCGCAAAUCACGUUGGAAUCUGGGGUGAAUCCUAUCGCCAAGGACCCUCUUGCCCGUGUGGUGUUGCAAUCCACAGAGGACGGCACCCAUCACCGGGCAUUGUGGGAGUUUGCGUCGACCGAUACCCUGGAACGUUUGUGGAAGAACCUACACCUCAAUCCGGGAAAGCGGCAAAGUGAUUAUGUGCAUUUCGAGAAAAACGAAGCGAAAGAAUUCCAAAAGGUAUUGGAUCAGCUGGUCCGUGUUGAUUCGCUGACGCCCUCUUCUUUACUACGCGAUGUGGAUGGAAUAUUACUUAAAGGACGUUCACCGAGUUGUGGCGUUCACGAUGCGCGGCUGUACAAAUUUUCAACAAAUUUGGCCGUUCAGGCGAACAUAUCCAAGAAAUGCGCUCAACAAUUCAAUGGCUUUAACAACGUGGAUGGCUUUUUCACCAAUAUGCUGAGAAACAGUCUGCAAGAGGAGGCUACCACCAUGGUAGCACCUCCCAUCACAUCGGAGCUAUUCCUUCGCUAUUUGGCUCCUCCCAAUGCCGUGGAUGAUGAAUACAUGCUGCGAGGUCAGUGUUCCUUUAUGGGGACAGAGAAGGUCAGCAACAAAGAGGGAGACUAUGCUGAUAAAGCGAAUUGGAUAAAACCAGAGCAAAGAUACCUAACACUCUUCUUGGAUGCGGUUUUAAAUCGCUUCGAGAUGCGUACUACCAAUAUGGCGUGA